GAGCCCAUCUUAGAGUGAAAUACGAAAACGGAAAACCUCAUCAAACUAGGGUUUGAGAUUGGGCGUAGUAGCAUUAUGAAGAAAUUUGCAGAGGCGAAAGAUGAAGCAAAAUGGUUCAAGGAUAAGAGGAAGAAUAUGCAAAGAUUAGGAGGUGGAAGAGGUGGCUUAUCAUUAGAAGCAUUUGCAAACGCCAAAACCAAGAGCAGCACUUACAAUCCUGCCAUCAUAAAGAAGCAAAGGGAGUUCUAUAAGAAUGCCAAAUAUGUGAAUAAAUAUAAGAGGAUAGUUAAGCAACAAGGAGAGCCUUCCGAGAGUGCAAGACAACAAGAGGAUGAAAAAGAAAUUGAAAAAGCUGAUAAGGUGGAUAACAAUAGUAAGAAGGGCCAGAAGAAUAAUGCUCGAAGCUUGAAAGAACUAUAUGAGAGGAAACAGGAAGAGGAAGGGAAGGCAAGAACGGAGAGAGAGGCCAUUAUUUCAGCAAAGAAUGAAGAAAGACAGAAAGCUGAAUCUAGAAGGAAAGCGCUAAGAGAAAAAAUGUUCAAGAAAACUAGGUCCGGCCAACCUGUCAUGAAGUAUAGAAUCGAGCAUAUUUUGGAAACACUUCAAGGAUCAAAAAGUUAAGUGGCCUCUCCCGCUCAUUCUUCUGAAGUCACUAUUCAUAAUCAUUGUUAUCAACUUAUUAUGAAUUUCCGGUUCUGUAUGUUUUAACUAUAUGUGACACUAGUGAACGUAAGCAGAGCUAUGAAAGUAUACGAGGAAAAUAUCAAGAACCAGCCUACAAUGUAGCAAAAACCAGUAGUUUUGCAAGUGGAAGAGCUUGUAUGGAUGUAAAAGUUUUGUUUAAGUUUUGAAAUCAAAGAGAAACGUCACGUUU